CAGAGGAAGAAUGGACUCACAUCUGACCACUUUCCGCCGGUCUGUCACCAUCUGACAGGAUGCAUAUCGCCGACUUCGUGUCUGGAUCAUUCGCAGGGGCAUGUGGAGUUGCAGUGGGCUACCCUCUGGACACUGUGAAGGUCCGCAUCCAAACCCAGAAACAGUUCACCGGAGUAUGGCAGUGUAUAGUGGCCACAUUUUCAAAAGAAGGGGUGCAUGGCUUCUUCAAAGGCAUGUCCCUCCCCGUCACCACCAUCUCUAUGACUUCUUCUGUGGUGUUCGGCACGUACAGGAACUGCCUGCACUGUCUGAGUCAGGCGCGAGGAGCCGCUGGCGGUCCAAACACCAAACUCGAAGUUUUCCUGUCUGGCUUAGCGGGAGGCGUAGCUCAGACGUCAGUCAUGUCUCCAGGUGACAUAGUGAAAGUACGUCUGCAGUGUCAGACGGAGUCCAAACGAGGAGGAACCAACACGCCCAAACCCAAGUACCGCGGUCCAGUUCACUGUCUGCUGAGCAUCGUCAGAGAGGAGGGGCUCAGGGGGCUCUACAGAGGAGCGCUCCCGCUCAUGCUGAGAGACGGGCCGUCAUACGCCACCUACUUCCUGACUUAUGUGACCAUCUGUGAGUGGCUGACAGACAGCGGCAAGAAAAGACCAGAUUGGAGUGGGGUGAUGCUGGCCGGUGGAAUAGCAGGGAUGGUAGGUUGGACUAUAGGAACACCCAUGGACGUGAUUAAAGCCCGCCUGCAGAUGGACGGAGCGCGGGGGACGAAGCGAUACAAAGGUUUCUUCCACUGCAUCACGGAGACGGCGAGGGUGGAGGGAGGGGGGGUGUUCUUCAGGAGCUUAGGCAUCAACUGUCUGCGCGCGUUCCCCGUCAACAUGGUGGUGUUUGUUACGUACGAGGUUCUCACCGGUUUACUCCAAGCCGGACCCGAUGGUGUGGACCCUCCUCCUCUGAGGUUCGAAUAGGAUUGAGUCCUUUAUCAAAGCUGUUUGCGUUUAACCCUUUGAGAUCUGAGCAAAUAAGCUUGAUUUCUGGCACAGGAAGAAGUUAUGAGAAACUUGUCUGAAA